UACUUAUAGGGUAUAGGGUGCCAUUUGGUAUGCAAACCAUGUCACGUCCAUUGGUAUUGUAUUGAUUAUGGGGCAUGCGGGGGAUGGAACGGUGGGCUAGAUUCUAGAAUAAGGGCAGGGCAUUGUAGCCUAGAAGUGUGUUGUGUUUCACGGUGGGUCUGUGUUUUUAUUGAUAGACGCUGUGUGAAUUGAAACGGUGAGUGGGAGAGCGCCUGUUUUUAACAAGGUUAGCAAGGUUCAAAUCAAUAAAACACCCCUCGCAUUGACCAAUUUAUAAAAUUAGUAAGCAAAGAAAAUACUACUUCUAUUCUUGAUUCUAUGAAUAAUUUAUCCAUAAACUAGGCCCAUUGCUCCUGAACAAAAGCCGUUCUUGUGUUUUCUGGCACAAACCGAACCUCACAUAGAUUCAGUACCAUGGACAGCUAAAGGAGAGAUUAUUUUCAACGCCGCGAAAUCCAGCCUUUGAUUCCGAUUCCAUUGUGACAAGAGAAGGUGACAUGCUCUGAUGUAAUCAACAAGGCAUGAUUGUACUGCCUCAAACCUGUACGGACAGCAAAGAACAUCUCAGCGACAGCGAGGCCUCGGUUUCAUACAACUCUGACAGUUCUUUCCGAUCUAAACCUAACAAUGGCGUUGCCGUUGUGAACAUAAGGUCGGUAGGCCUCUUCGCGCUGAAGUACAUUACCCCCUUGACACAAUUUAUUCUGGGUCAGUCUAUGAUGUCUUGUGGAGAAAAACAACACAUAGGCCUGCAUGUGAAACGAACAUACAAUUAGAACGUACUGUAGUCAGUUGUGUGCGAAUGUUUAAUAACAUAAAUAGAACGAAUUAAAUGUAUAGUAUUCUAGCUAUGUGUGUAUUCUAUCAUUCUAAUGUUAUGUGGCCAAUGCAGGUGAGUGUAGCCCUACAUAAAUAAAAGCACGGAUAAUGAAGUCUAUACAGUGUGACAUAUGGCCUGGGUAUUUAAUGCAAUUUUACAGUUUACAGGUGUGUUUGUGUGUCUGUGUCUGUGUGUGUGUCUGUGCGUGCAUGGAGGAACACGAGUAGCCAUGCAGUAAUCAGAGCCCACCUCUGUCACUGAACCUAUCUGUUGUCGUUAGACACGGCCUCAUGCUAACCUGUUUGGGUUUCAGGCUUUGUGAAGCUGGUCAUUCUUCUCGAUGCUGCUUCACUGAGCUGUGACGCUGUAAUAUUAUCCCUGGGGAGACUUGGCUCUGUAUUCUCAGCACUGAUUGCUCUAGCUGGAAUUGAUCAAUUAGCGUAAUUCAUUAUUUGACACUAUUAUUCAUUACAUUUCCAUAGGUCUCUACAUGAUAGUCGCGGACUAAUACAUUGUUGACAGUUUUGUAUACAGGAUCUACUAACAGGCCUCUUGGCAGACAUGGGACAUUAUAAGAAAUGGAUGAAGGUAAAUCUCUGAUAGUUUGCAGACAGUGCUCAAGUAUUUAUCUCACAGUAGUAACUUCCUGUAUCAUACAGGUCCUGCUGAGAGCACAGACACAGAGACCAAGCCUGUGUGCUUCUCAGGCAGCCCUGGAGCUGGCCUAGACAGUGGAUAGGGUGUCACUAACCCAGAUCCUGUUGCGGACGCUAGCCUACUGUUGAAGACAACGUCAUCGUCACUAUGACCAGCCUAGGGAUUCAGCAACGUCCCACUGUCCACAGACACAUAGGGAGGAGUCCCUUACUCCUGUCUCACAAACAGAGGUCCUCCUCCUCCUUGCCCCUCCUGAAACGCCUGCACCAGGCCAGGGGGGUUUACCCUGUCUCUGUGCCCCAGAAAGACCCGCCAUCGCUGGAUGACUACUUCUCCCUCCUCCAGCGACUGAAAGAGGAGACUUACAUGUACAAACAGAACAAGGAGCUGAAACACGUACAGAGCAGGAGGCCACCACCACGGUGUAAGCAGCAGCCUCACUCUCCACCUCUGCCCAGUCCUCUUCCCAGAGGCCCUAGCAGCCGAGUCCCACCACUUCCCAGAGUACCCAGUAACAGCAGGGUCAUCCCGUUGGGUCGCCCUCAUCGUAGACUGAGCCAGCACUCCAGCCACAAGAUGGCGUCCUCCUCCUCCUCCCAGAAGGGUAAACACACCCCGGCCGUCAUCAAGGGCCAUCGCCACUUAAGCUACGGAGGAGCCGUCCCACCUGAGAACAUCACCGUUCAACAGUUUUAUGACCUUACGCCUACCAAGAAAAGUAACGUCCGCCUCAACGACCAGCUUAUUCCAAAACCAACGGACAUCAACAUCGCAGAGCUAAUGAUAAAGGUUCCGAUUCCAAAGGAACAUCCGUAUCAGGCCCACAUCUCCCACUUCGCCCUGUUCCCAACGUUCCGCUCACCAGACGACCCCGACACAGGCGUGAGAGCUGCGUCCCUACGACCCCUGAACCCUCUCGUCCCGGCCUCUGCUCCAGAGGUCAUCGUGCUGAGAAAGACAAAAAGUGGUGUUUAUACAGGUCUCUCUGUGUGUGUGUGUGUGUGUGUGUGUGUGUGUCUGCGUGCUGGCCUGUGUAAGGUCACACACACAAGCACAAGCCUCAUUCCCAGAUGAAGUGUCUUGUCUUCAAUCACAGGGGGUCCUCUUCGUCAUGAGGUACUGGAGACACCCAUGACAACCAGGAAGAAAACUAUCUCAUGGCCAGGACAUCAUGGCUUCCUGGAUCACCCUGAGGCCCAGACCCAGGCAUUCUACCCUAAGGGCCAGAAGACAGUGUUUCCCAACCCUACCCUGCGUGACUGGAACGUCACACUGUCUGAACCAACAGCCAACAUGCUCCGCAACGUAGAGAAGUCCCACUGGGUCACCUCCUACCAGCUUCACUACACGGGAACUGGGCCUACUAAUCCCUUGAGGUUGGAUGACUUCCUUGAGAACCCCAUUGACAUGAUCACUGGGAAGAUGACUCCCUACACAACACAUCUGAGGGAGCGAUCCUACCCCGUCCUGGUGCCCUCUUAACCACGAGACGGGCGCAAGGCCAGAAUACGCCAGGGCCGUCGUACUGUGGAGAGCACCUACCACCCUCCUGUCACUGCCCCAGCAGCAGAGUCCCUCAACGCAGACCAGACCUACACACAGAAUCACCCUGCUGUGCCUCUGGGAACCAUGUCUGGUCACCAUGGUCAUCAGGGGAUACAGGGGAACCACUCUCCUUAGGAUGGCCACUCAGAGCUCAGUCUAGCCAGGCCUGCGGCUGUAGAUGUGUCUGAGCCUGAGCCUGCUCAGGUGUCUGGGUAUGUGUUCCCUAGUCACCACCUUCAAGAUCAAGGCUCCAGGUGUGAGAGGUGUGGGGAGGAGAGGUGUGAGUGCCAGGUCAUGGAGGCCAGAGAGGGGCUCCACCACCCAGGGCCAGGGGCAUCAGACCCCCAGCAGAGCAGCCAGGCUCCCAGAGCCUUCCUGGAGAAGGGAGCGGUGGAGAAGGUCACAGACAUGGAGAGCUCUCUGGCAUUGUGCAGCCGCCAGCUUUCCCAUCCUCCCCUGAAUGAGACCACAGAGGUUACCAAAGAGAAUAACCCCCAGAGUGAGGUAUACUACGAGGACGUUCCUAGCAGCAAGAAGCAGAGCUACACAGAAUCAGGGGGUAACCCGUUCAGCCUGAGCCAGCCAGCGUCAGCAUUGGCUACUAACAACACAGGGGCGGCAUAUGAAUCUGAGACUGCUGCUGAUCUGGUCUCUCCCAACAUCCGUAACUGGCGCUCAAGCGGGAAUUUAGUUCUGGGUUCUGAGUCGACUGCCAAUCAGACCCUUGAAGAACAGGAUCAGGAGUGGCAUAACAGAGAGAUCCCCAUCCCUCGCAGUAUCUCCAACCCCUGUAUCCAACCCCGUCCCCAUGCCUUGCCUUCCACCCACCCAGGGGAGAGGGGCAGGGGCCGGUGCCAGUUGGCCCUGCUGGAGCUCCAGGGGACUCCUUCAGUAAGUCGGAGGUCCACCGCCUCUUCCACAGCUCCCUCCAGGGGGGCACGGUCAACCUGCAGGACAAUGUACACACCGGGAGAAAGCACCGCUUCUACGGCUUCAACUCCUACUAUUUCCACAACUGAGCACUGUAAUGUAGGCCUACCACUAUGCCCACAGUCUGUAGGGAGUGGAAGACAUCAGAGGGCUUAGUGAGUUGGAUGGGUCUAAGGUCUACAAUGUUAUCUCUUCAUGAUGGUAAAUCCAAACAUAUACUGUAGCUUACUCAAAGCUGCUGACAUGUUUUGCUUAUUAUAUCUAUCUUUCCAUGUGCAGAUCUUUCAAAUAAAAUCAUCCAGAAUUAGUUUGCAUGCUUUGAGUGUAUGUGUCACAAUUCAUGACACAAUUAAGAGAUGGAAUGACAGGUGAACACAUGAAAGAUGGAAUGACAGGUGAACACAUGAAAGGGACACAUUUUAUGGUCCAUUAAAAAGUGUAAAGAAAUCUACAGUUGAAUUACUAUCUGGGGUAUAGGAGUCCACCUCAGACAAUAUUCUUUGAUGUGUAGCCAGAUACAGACCCAUAUACAGAAUCCAUAUUUUCACACUACAAGUGCUGCAUUGACCUUCUGUCCAGCAGCAGCAUCUGAGAGAGAAAAAUACCUUUUCACCUCCAACACCAUGUGUUAGCAGUCAGCCAGUCAGAUUGGCUUAACAGCUUGACACAAAAGACUGUUCUGUGUUCCAUGCCAGUGAGUCAUCCUGGAGCGGAAUGUCCUUGAGCGUUCUACAGCAAUUUGUCAUUCCAUCUUUCUCGGCAACAUGCUCUCUAAGAAAUGAUGCUCAGAGUACAGGAGGGAUCUGGAGGGAUCUACUUGAUCACUGAUCAUGUACUGAUGUUAAUUCAAAUAAAACCCAUAAUAGUUAUGAAUUAUAGUUUUAUAAGAUUGCAUGUGAAAUAACUUUAAAUCUCUUGAAGUUGUUUUAUCUAGAUCAUAGGCUAUAUUUGUAGUGCCAAUUCACUGUCUAAAUCACUUUCAUUCACAUAGAAAAUAUAGAGAUUGUUUUUAAUAGGUUUAUGACCAUAAUGUCCUCCAAUGACAGCAACAUCUUCUCCGAUACAUCAGUGGUUCUGAUACCAUUUGUCCAGUAGAUGGCACUGUAGGUCAGCAUUUCCCAACUGUCUCUGGUCUUUAGAACUGUGGGUAGUUUCUCGAAGCAUCUCAUAGGAUGCUCAGCUGACCUCAGACAAGUGACCUUUGACCCCACUAUCUCAGAACAACACUGUAGGCCUAAGGCACUAAGAAGAUUGAAAUGCAUAUUCCCAUGAAACUGAUUGAAAUCAAAUGGUUGGCAUGCAGAUACUGCACGGAUGUUUCACUGGUAAAACUUGGAGAAUUAUCAUUCACAAUUGACAGUGAGAAAUGUGAAGGGAGGGUGACCGCAAAACUGUGUGAGUAAAGUAGAAGU